AUGUACGAAGGGAUUGACAACUUGAAAUCCCUUUACGACCGUGCCGGGAAGACUUUCUCCGGCGGUCCUUCUGCGGCACAGGAUGUGCCGCGUCGUACUGCUCAACCAGACCCAGUACGUCGAUCAUCAGUUGGGAGCGGGGCUCCCAAGAAUCCCAGGACGGGGGAUAGCCGCGCCACCGGACGAGAUAACUCGUCCGACGUCCGUUCACGUCGCGGUGGUUCAACAGCUGCUCAACUAGAUAUCUCUGGCCACCGCGAGAGUCCUCUAAUGGAGGUGGAGGAGGAGGAAAGACGCUCUCCACACGAUCAUGUGGAUCGGUGUGUUCCCGAGAGCUUCUUUGAUCGCGUAACGCAAGGGUUACGCAACGAUCUCGAACAUGAGCGGGACAGGCGUCUCCAAAUGGCGGACACUGCCUCGAAGCAUCGAGCUGAGUUUGCCUUUGCUCAGCUUGAGAACGAGAGAGCUCUGACAUCUCUUCGUGACGAGCUAAGGGUAGCUCGUGGGAUUGCUGAUCGGUCUCGGGAUGAGAUAGCUGCUCUUCAGACCCUUGUUGAUGCCCACCAUCGGGAGCACAAGGCUCUCUGCGAGAUGCUUGAGCGCAAGGGCGUUCUUCAUCGGAAGAAACAGCGUACUGAUGGUACGGCUUAA